GGGGGCGAAGAGCGUGUGAUUGAGAGCUCCGCCCUUGAAAUCCCUAACCCUAAUCUUGUUUUUCUCCAAUUCUUCUUGUGAUUCCAUCAUGAUCCCUUCUCGCCAGCCUAAGAUGCUGCUUCUAGGGUUUUGCUGGGCUUAGUUUUUUGAGAAACCUUGAGGGGUUUUUCUCGCUGAUUCUUAGGGUUUGCAGAAGUCCUCUGGUUUUCCAAAAGUAAACACCGGUUUUCAGUUUUGGAAAUGGCGACAGAGAGCGAGAGAAAAGAACGGAAUGAAAGAGCGAAGAAUGCGAUUCUUGCGAUGAAGGCGAUGGGGAUCCCUGUUGAAAAAGUGAGGCCUGUACUCAAAAACCUUCUGAAAGAGUUUGACAACAACUGGGGAUACAUUGAGGCUGAUAACUAUAGUGUUCUUGUUGAUGCUCUCCUUGCCUUGCCUCAAACUCCUGAGCAGGAUGCAGACAUCAAGAAGGAGAACACUGUGUUAGCGGAACCUUUGGCUUCUGCUCGAAAGAGGCUAAGGAUUAAAGAAGAGGGCCAUGAUGCGUCAUCUUCAGUAGUACCUAGGCCCAAUUCUGCUGGAGAAACUGCACAAAGGAAGCGACUUUCAGAAGAAGACACUUCACAGCAAUUGCAACUUAGCCGGCCAAAAGUGAAGUCUUUUCCUGAUAGUUCAUUUGCAGAAAUUCCUUCUUCACAGAAAGAUACCAAAAGCUUGCAACUUCAAGCUUGUCAGGCUCCAAAUGCUCAGGUAUCUAGAGCUCUUACUGUUGCACCUCAAGUAGGGCCUCUGGUUCCACUGGCUGCUGCUGCUGCUGCUGCUACCUCUGACUCUUUGACUACAAACCGGAGAGAUAAAAGGCCAGUGCAGGAGAAAACUUGUAGCUUGGUUUCUUAUAAGGACUUGAAGAAUGAACCCAGGAAUUCGCCUUUAGUUCCCCUGAUUCAACCCAAAGACGAGCCAACAUAUGAUGCUGAACAUAAUUUUGAGGUUCCUAUUGCUAUGAUCCAUCCUCGUCCUCUGCUUACUGCUAAUAGCCAAGCUCAUCAAGAUCAUAGUCGGCAUGCUAAUAUUUCUGGACUUGCUGAAAGGAGAAAAGGAAAAGAGCUGUGCGAGUAUGCCUCAGAACUAACCGCAAAAACCACUGAAGAGAAGGAAGAUGACAUUGUAAACAUAAUUCCUACGGUGGAACCAGUUGAGAAGUCUUGUGUGCAGAGUAAAUUGGGAAGCGCGUCUGAAUCCUCUUCAAACAUUUCACUUCAGGUAGUACAAUAUGGUUCAGAGCUGAUGGCCAUGGGAGGGCCCAGCGCCAAUGGGAAAGGCACCAUGGAAAAUGAACUAGAGAAUGGAGAACCUUCAAAUAUAAACUCUCAUGGUUUGGUUGUUUUCAACCAUGACCAACUUCAACCGGAUGAUAGUUGGCUUUCACAUGAUGUGAAUGAUAUUACAAAAGGUGAGGAAAGAGUAAGGAUAUCUGUAGUGAACGAAGUGAACAGUGAGAGAUUUCCUCCUCCUUUUCACUACAUACCUCAAAACUUAGUUUAUCAAAAUGGCUACAUAAAUUUUUCACUUGCUCGGAUCUGUGAUGAGGAUUGUUGUGCGGAUUGCUUUGGAGAUUGUCUGUCAAAAUCCAUCCCUUGUGCAUGUGCACGGGAGACCGGAGGUGAGUUUGCUUACACAUUAGACGGCUUGAUCAAGAAGGAAUUCCUGGAUGGCUGCAUAUCCAUGAAUCAGGAUCCUCAGAAACAUCGUCUUUAUUACUGCAUGGAUUGCCCUCUUGAAAGGACCAAGAACGAGGUCAGGCCUGAACCAUGCAAGGGACAUUUGGUUAGAAAAUUUGUUAAAGAAUGCUGGAGCAAAUGUGGGUGCAAUAAACAGUGUGGUAAUCGAGUUGUGCAGCGAGGCAUUACAUGCAAUCUGCAGGUUUUCUAUGCAUCUGAGGCUAAAGGAUGGGGAUUGCGAACAAUCGAUGAGUUACCUAAAGGAGCAUUUGUAUGUGAGUAUGUGGGAGAGAUAGUUACAAACAUGGAGUUAUAUGACCGAACAAUCCAAACCACAGGAAAUGCAAGACACACUUAUCCUGUUUUGCUUGAUGCUGACUGGGGAUCUGAGGGAGUUCUGAAAGAUGAAGAAGCUCUUUGUCUGGAUGCUACAUUUUACGGCAAUAUUGGGCGGUUUGUCAACCACAGAUGCUUUGAUGCAAAUAUGAUUGAGAUUCCAGUAGAAGUGGAGAGCCCAGAUCAUCACUACUAUCAUAUUGCUUUUUUCACCACAAGGAAGGUGGAGGCAUACGAAGAAUUAACAUGGGACUAUGGGAUCGAUUUUAGUGAUCACACUCAUCCAAUCAAAGCGUUUCAUUGUUGUUGUGGGAGUAGAUUCUGCCGAGACAUGAACCGACCAAGAACCAAGUCUAGUAGGUCACUUUUGACUUGAACUAACGGCCGGUGUCAAUUAGCUGUUAGUUACUCUUUUAAGGUAUAAGGUAUCUUUUAAAGUACAAGGAACUUGCACAAGGUCAAACAUGGAGAAGGUUGAAGAACCAAAUGUCAGUUUUUCAAAUAUGGCAACAGUUAGAUUUUGAUGUUGAUAAUUUUGGCAUAAGUUAAUAUUUGUACCAAGCGGGCAUGAAUUAAAUUUUGAAUCUGAUACAGAAAUGAACAGAAAAAACUGUUGAACAGGUGGCUAUUAUGUAUGGUUUUGAUAUAUGCAUUGAACUUUAUGGACCACAAGCAGGCACAUUGCACACCAAUGAAGAUGAAAAAUAAACAGUCAGG